GUAGCGGCAUCAGCUUGUGCGGUGACAGAACACACACCAUGGCAGACAAGCCCGAUCUUGGAGAAAUCGGCAGGUUUGACAAGUCCAAGCUGAAGAAGACAGAGACCAAAGAGAAGAACACACUGCCAACAAAAGAGACAAUCGAGCAAGAGAAACAAAACUGAAUUAUUUGUAUAAAACCACAACUAAUGGCUUGAAGGAGAAAUGGUCUCGCCGGUGUUGGGAGACUGAAAUGCACUGUGAAAGAAGAGGUUAAUAACCAAACCUGUCUCGGACAAAGAAAUGCCAAAAGAAAGGGAAUUUUUUGUUUAUCUGUCUUCCCUCUUGUCCAGUGUUUGAAUGGAAUAAAGAAUUUGUGCAAUAAAA